AUGGAGGGCUUCCUGGCCGACGGCAAGGCAGUGCGCACCGCCUCCGAUCGCGGGCUCCUCGACGCGCUGGAGCUCCUCGACGCCAACCUGACCAAGGCCCACGAGCUUCUGUUCGAGUGGAGCACCAAGAAGGUCCGGCGCAGCGCCAUGCCCGCCAAGUGGGCGCGCAAGCUGGCCGAUGCCUGCGGGGGCAUCUCCCUCGGGCUGCAGCUGGUCGCGACCGCGAGCGCGGGGAAGCUGAACGUCGCGGUCGAGGACGUCCGCGGGCUGUGCGUCGAUCUGCUCCGCGCGCAGUCGGACAUGAAGGAUUUGAUCGACGCCGCGCACAAGCAAGCGCGCAAGGCCAACAUCACGCCCCAGCAGGUCGACGCGGUGCUGGCGCGCCACAUGGCCGAGCUCCAGAUGCGGUCGAUCAGCCCGGCGGAGCUGCGGGCCGUGCGGGACGAGAUCCUCGCCGGGGGCCGGGCGAACGCGGAGGCGCAGGAGGCGACGAUGGCGCGCAUGGAGCGGUCGCUGACGGGCGCGAUCGCCGCGGCGGCGGAGCGGCACCGCGAGGAGCAGCGGCGGGAGUUCGAGGAGCUGAGGGCGGCGGGCGAGCGGGGCUUCCGCGACGUCAAGUCGUCUGUCUCGCAGGACGUGACGGUGGCGGCCGACAGGGUGAUCGAGGAGGUGUUCGCGCGCGUGGGGGGGCUGGUGCAGGAGCGGCUCGGAGAGGCGGUGCGCACGAUCGAGGAGCGGGCGUCGGAGCGGGCGAAGGUCGACGUGGAGUGCAUCGAGCAGAUGCUGGUGCGCGAGAUUGACGCAAUGCGGAUCGGUGCCGGGCAGGGCGUGCGCAGCGAGGUGAAUGAGCUCAAGGAGAAGGUGCAGCGGCUCGCGUGGGAGAGCACGCGCAGAAUCGACAUGUGCGCCGGCGGCGCGCAGAAGUCGCUCGAGGCCUGGCGCAUCCCGGCGGGCGAGGUGGUGCUGGGGCCGUCGUUGUCGGAGGGCGGCUUCGGCGACGUGCACGAGGGCGUGUGGCGUGCCCCGAACCAGGUGCCGCUUCCGGCGGCCAUCAAGGUGAUCCGCCUGCACGGCACGAAGCCCAAGGAGCGGAACGCGCUGCUGCGCGAGGCGCAAGUGCUGUCGCGCGCCCUCGCGGCGAGCCCGCACGUCUGCCAGCUGUACGGCUUCGUCGACGGCAACGACAGCGGCGGCCAGGCGAUGCUCGUCAUGCGGCGCUACGCCGGGUCGCUGUCGGACGCACUGGACCUGCACGACGGCAAGCCCAUCCCGCUGGGCGCGUGGCUGCCCGCCAUGGCCGACGUCUUCCGCGCCCUCGACUCGCUGCACCGCGUGGGCAUCACGCACUGCGACGUGACGCCGCGGAACGUGCUCCUCGACGGCUCCGGGUGCGCGGUGCUCGCGGACUUUGGGCUCUCGCGCGUGACGUCCUCCUCCUCGGUGGCGAGCGUCGCGACCGAGGCCAAGGACGCAUGCUCGCGCAACUACGCGGCACCGGAGCAGCUCCAGGCGCGCCGCCGGGCCGACCGCGGCCCGCACACGGACGUGUGGGGCGCGGCCGCAGUGGCUGUGCACCUCGCGUCCGGCGUGCUGCCGUUCAAGGGCUGGAACCGCGAGGACAUCUACAGCCUCGUGGUUCACGACCGCGAGGCCCCGGAGAUUCCGAGCGGGCUCCCAGGCCCCGUGGCGGCCGCCAUCGCCGCGUGCUUUGCGUACGACUUCAACCGCCGCCCGACCGCGCGGUACGUCCUGGACGUCCUCGAGGGAGAGCUGCAGCGGCUCGCGGACGCCGUCGACCGCAAGUGCCUCGUCCCACCGGCGGCGCGCGACCGCCCCGAGCAGCCGACGCCCUCGUGGAACGCCCCAAGGACGCUGCCCGUCGCACCGGUGGCGAUGUCCAGCGCCACGCAGGCGUACCACGAGGAGCGCGAGCCGUCGUACCCCGAGCCUCCGCCGCUCCCCGACGGCUGCGGUGAGGGCGAGGCGCUCGUGGACCGCGUCGUGCGAGAGCUACAGCUCGGGGACGACACCGCGGAGCGCGUGCGCGCCGCCCUGCCGUUCGGGGCGUUGUCCGACGCCCAGGACGUCGCGGCGCUCACCGAGCGGGCCCUGCGGUCCUGCAAGGUGUCCGCGCUGCAGGCGCGGCGUGCGAUCCCGGCUCUGCACGCCGCUGCCGCCAGAGCGCCCCCGCCCGCGUCCACGGCGCGCCGCGGCUCCGCGCUCACGGUGGCGGGGCUGCAGCAGGUCCUGAACGAUCCCACCGUCCCCGUCGUCGACCUCGAGGGGCGCGCGGUGCGCUGCGUCGGCAACGCAGAGGGUCUGGUGAUCAACCGCCCUGUUGUGCUGCGUAACGGUCUGCUGGUCGGGCUGGGGAGCAAGGUCGGGGGGCAGAUGGCUGCGGUGCAUCUCGGCCGCGGCGCCGCGGGCGCGGUGCUCGAGUCGCUCCGCAUCGUGGGCGGGCCCGGGCACGGCGUGUACGCGCACGGGGAGGCGAAGGAGGCGACGGUGCGCGGGUGCAGCAUCACGCACAGCGCGCGGAAUGGCGUGAUGGCGAUCGCCGGGUGCCGCGUCGCGGUGGAGGGCGGCGAGGUCGCGCGCUGCGGGUGGAACUGCGUGGAAGCGACCGGCGCGGGCACGUCCAUCGUUGUGCGCGCGACGCGGUGCACGGGCGCGAAGGGCUGUCACGGCGUGCUCGCGGAGCAAGGCGGGAUGGUGACGAUGGAGUGGGGCUGCUCGUCGGGGAACGCGCAGGGCGGCGUGGCGGCGUCGGGGAACGGCGCGAGGGUUGUUGCGGAGAGGGUCGAGCUGUCCGGGAACGGCAAGGCGGGGGCGUGGGCGCAGAUGGACGGCAUGGUGGAGCUCGAGCGGUGCCGCGUGGUUGUGGGGGACGGGAGCGGCCCUGCGACGGGCACGUGGGAGGGGGGGAGCGUGAUGGUGGGCAAGGGGACGCGCGUGGUGCAGGGCGGCGCGGUGGGGUGA